AACUUCCAGCUGACUUCAGAGGGUUCGUAGAAAUGAGUGGGGGUGUUGUGAGUGUUUUCAGAGAUCAUCUGUCAAGUGUCAACCAACAGAAUUGACAGUUAAACAAUGAGAAUUUGACAUUCCGUUUCGUUCAAUUCUCAUUACACAACAAGAAUGUCUGCUAGCUAUUAUUUUGUCAUUGUGGGGACUGAGGACAAUCCACUCUUUGAGAUUGAGUUCAGUGGGUCCAGUAAAGACACUAAGAAAGAGGAUCAUGCCCACCUGAAUCAGUUCAUAGCCCACGCCGCCCUCGAUCUGGUGGACGAGCACAAGUGGAAAACCACGAAUAUGCAUUUGAAAGUGAUCGACAAGUUCAAUCAAUGGUUCGUCAGUGCAUUCGUCACUGCUACGCAAAUUAGAUUCCUCAUGGUUCACGAUGCGAAGAAUGAGGAUGGGAUCAAGAACUUUUUCAACGAGAUGUACGAGACUUACAUAAAGUAUUCAAUGAAUCCAUUCUACAAGAUAAACUCUCCAAUAAACUCGACGGGAUUCGAGAAAAAAGCCCAGUUGUACGGCAGAAAAUACCUGACCUCCUAGCCCACCAAAAUCUCCAAUGAUCUGUACAAAAAAAUAAAUAAACAAAUAAUAAAAUGUUGAAUUGAA